UGUGUUAUUGUGACCAGUUAAACGCUGCGCCUGUCCGUGACAGUUAACUUAGUUAUGAGUUAGUUAAAGGCCCAUUGGGAACACUAUCUACGUAGCACUAUAACUUUAACAUUACUGUUGCAGGCAGUGUGUUAUAUUUUGUGGCACCCAUAUCCAGGACAAAUUUAUUGUGGUUCUUUUUAACGGGAAAUUACAUCACCUCGAUUUACAGGUAAAGACAGAUUCGCGGUCACUAUCCGGUAGUUACGCAUAGGGUAGGGAGUUAAUGUAGGCGGAGUUCUGCCUGUGUCACUGCGCUCUGCAUGGAGGAUUGGAGUAGCCAGUAAGCCGAGUAACUUCGUUCUAGAUGCACUGAUCCGCUUCCGGCAAGUCCGCUCGAUGCGGUGACGCACUAUAGAAGGUGACGGUAUAACAUAAAGAAAACAUUCACAAAUACGAUUAACAGGAGGUUUCAAAAUGGAUUUGGAUUUCGAGGAGUCGAAAAAAUGUAUCUGGCACGCGUUCGACGUGCUAGAUGAACAGAACACAGGGACAGUGUCACGGUCGAAACUAAAGGUUCUGACUCACAAUCUGGCCAAUGCCGUCGGUAUUGAAGGCAUGGAGGAACAGAUACAGGAAGAAACUCUCAUCUUAGACUUUAACGACUACCAGGAAUUUAUAGACAAUCAGUUGUUUACCAACCUGAAGAAAACGCUAACGGAUACGGAGAAUAAUGUGAGAUCCAGUGCGAGUCCAGAAAGCAUCGACCAGGUGUGCUGGGUGCUGUGUGCCAGGAAGUACAGUAAUAGGGCUGCCGCCAAGCUCAACGACAAGGAUUCCAUGCUCAUGUGGAAAGUGUUUAACUUCCUAGCUGAGCAGGGCGCAUCCGAGAGCCAGCUGGAAUUGCCUCUGAGAAUCGACGUAGAGGAAGUGAAAUUCGUGCUCAAGCGUUUCGCAGACUUCACUGGAAAUCCGUAUGAACCCGAGAAGUUGGAUGCCGCUGUUGGUGAUACGCUGACGUUAGACUUUUUAUCUUUCCUCCAAGCAUUCGAGACUGUGGCACUUAACAACUUGAAACCGUCCGAGAUAAGCAGAGGUGUUAAUGAUGUCUACGAGGAAUUAAUCAAAGAAGUGAUAAAAAAGGGCAUGAUGUCUAAAAAGGGUCACAGAGUUACAAACUGGAAGGAACGUUGGAUUGUUCUCACCCCAACCUCUCUGAGGUAUUAUGCUAAUAAGGGGACGGCAGCUAAGGACCUGAAAGGGGAGUUACCCGUCACACAUCAGGCUUCUGUGGAGUCUCAAGACGAAAAACCCGGAGCCAAGCUGCACAGGUUCACUUUCCAUGCCUAUGGUAGGAAGCCGUAUGAAUUUUGCACACCUGACCUGAAAACAAAGAACGAGUGGAUUAGAGCUUUACAAACCGCCAUCGAGUACUCCAGCAAACCAGGACAGGUUCAGCGCGUGGCGAAGGCAGAGAGGAGGCAACUACGAGAGGAUAAGAGGAAUCAGCUUAGCGAGGAGGAAAGGAGGAGAAGAGAGGAACAGGAAAUGAUCGAGAGACAGAGGUCGGAGCUAGAGUCAGAGCGAGAGGCUCGUGCACAACUAGAGGCCAGAUAUGCAGAGGAGGCAGCGAGAAGAGAGGCUUUCUUCGCAAAGCUGAAGGAAAUCGAGCGUCUGCGAGAGGAGGAACAACGCCGCCUGGCGGAGCUCGAGAAGAAAUACCAAGACGAAGUGGCGGAUAGAAAAUCCAACCUAAGAAACUUACGGGAACUCCAAGAAAAGUAUGAAGAGGAGGCGGCGGCACGUGAGGCUCAUAUGAAAAAGGUCCAAGAACUGGAAGACAUGUGUCAAGCGGAAGAGAGAAAGCUACAAGAAUUGGAGAGUAAGUACCAUGAUGAGUCGUCCCAGAGAGAGGCCGACUUACGAAGGUUGAAGGACCUCGAGCAGAAAUAUCAGGAAGAGGCGGCCCUCAGAGAGAUGGACCAGCAGAAACUGAGAGAGCUGGAGGAAGUGCGGCAAGAGCUGGAAAGACUGCUGGAGGAAGAGCGCACGGCUAGGAAAGACGAGGAGGUGGUGAGAUGCCUCCAAGGGAAACUGUUAGAAGAAGAAUCCAUGAAGCGUGAAGAGUUAGUGCGCCUGCACAAACAACAGAUGGCACUGCGCGUGGUGGAGCAGCAGGAAAGGGAGGGUUUAGAGGAGGAGAAGAACCGCCAGGAGGAGCUCCUGCAGGAGGCACGUGCGCAGCUGGAGAGGCUCGAGAGGGAGAGGAAGGCGGCAGACGAGAAACUCAUGGAAGCCACGUCAAAACUGGAAGAAGCACAGUUAGAACGAGUGAAGGCCCAGGAGAAAGCGCGAUUGUGGUCUACACCAAUCGGAUUAGCCCGUCCCAUUCAGCCCGAGCCUAAACCUUGGAUCACUCACCGCGGGGAGGGAGCUUUCAUCGAGGCUGACUUUCAUAAAUUCCUCAUGAAGGGGAAUGCAAAGCUUUCUUCGAGUCCUGAAUCAGAAGAACCCAAGAAACAGGAAGGUGAUGAUUUUGCUUCGACAGAAAUCAUCACACCAGAUUCCAAGUACGACAUGGAUUUAGACGGAAAUCAAUAUGAAAAACAAAACAGCAGCAAUCAUGAAGGGAAGGAAAAUAUUUCACAAAAAGUGGACGAUGUCAGUGAUAUCGAGGUUACAGAUAAGCAGUGCGAGAGAGAACAAGAACACAGGACGACAGAUGUGACAUGCGCAGAGGAUAGACGAACCACAGACGAGAUUCACGGGGAAGAUCACGUUAUGACUUACACACAUGAUACGAUGGUAGAUGACACCCGCGAGAUGGAAAAUAUUCCAAAAGACGAUCCGUACGAAAAAUGUGAUGUGAAGAUCGAUGAGCGAGAGGAAAAGGAUGAGGUGAAGAUAGAUGACGCGUACAAUAAAGAAGCAACAUGAUUUGCUUUCUGGCUCUCAUCUUUCACCUCUAUAAACUUCACACUUUCAUACUUCCUCAAAGCAAAAUGGACAUGUUUAAAUGUGGAGGACUAAUUCAAUUUUGUUCCGCCGUGAGAUUCAUGUGAAAAAUCAGAGAUUCACAACCGACUGUGCCCUUUUUGUCCAUAUAAGAUAAAUGUGAUUGUUCAAAAACUUGCGAAUGUACCAAAUUAAGUAUGCUGUAGUUGCUUGUAUGUCAUACACAUCCCCUUACAAAAUGAAUGUCGAUAACAUGCUGGACACAGUGCAGGUCCCACAGCUACCGACGCAUAUAGGCUGCUGUAGUUGCUUGUAUGUCAUACACAUCCCCUGACAAAAUGAAUGCCGAUAGCAUGCUGGACACAGUGCAGGUCCCACAGCUACCGACUCAUAAAGGCUGCUGUAGUUGCUUGUAUGUUAUAGACAUCCCCUGACAAAAUGAAUGCCGAUAGCAUGCUGGACACAGUGCAGGUCCCACAGCUACCGACACAUAAAGGCUGCUGUAGUUGCUUGUAUGUCAUAGACAUCCCCUGACAAAAUGAAUGCCGAUAGCAUGCUGGACACAGUGCAGGUCCCACAGCUACUGACACAUACAGGCUGCUGUAGUUGCUUGAAUGUCAUAGACAUCCCCUGACAAAAUGAAUGCCGAUAGCAUGCUGGACACAGUGCAGGUCCCACAGCUACUGACACAUAUAGGCCAACCCGUAUAUUCUAUCUUUUACGAGAUGUAACAAUAGCCUUAGACUUCUUGGAUUGAUGCUUUCCAAGAUAUUUUAUCUUUGUCAAUUAACACAGAGAUAAAAUGUUACAUUCGUCCGAGCGAAGAAUAUGUGAUUCUUCCUGGAGGAAACUCAUGGAGAUCCUUCAACGUUUCUGUUCAUACCCAAAAAGGAGUUUAAAAUAUCUUGAAGGAUUUCUGUAGCUAUAUAUGAGACAUUUAAAUAUAGACCUAUUUUAUCUUUUGUCAACACAGAGACAGGUUAUAUUCGCCCCAGGCGAAGCAGACCCCUUAAUGUUUCUGACCAUACCGAUAAGAGAUGUUAUAUCUGAAAAGACCUUUUGUUGCCCAUAUGUGGCACACGAACAUAUAUCAUCUUUGUCAACACUUAAAAUAAAAGAAAGCUAAAAUGUGAAGUAAGGUUCACCAUACCGACAACUGAAAAUCAUGGGUAAAAAUACUUUCAUUUAUUUUUUUUAGAUUUUUUGAAAAGUGUUGAAAGGCAUCCAAAUAUUUGAAUUCUGCAGUGAGCUUUAUGAGCCAUACUAACGGUAUAUAGGAACUCUGACGUCACAUCACCUUUUUCCCUGAUGUUGACCAGAAGAAAGGGAUUUUUGGGAACAUUAUUUCAGCAUCUUUUAGUCGUGGGUAAAAAGAGGUAUUCCGACACUCAGGGUCGUGAUUAAAGUUGGAAAAUCUUCCUCUGACGUCAGAGUUCCUAAACUCUUACAGUCCGUAAAGCCCACCUUAGAAUUCAAACGUCUGAACGCCUUUAUCUCUCUCCACAAAAAUCUAAAAAAAAAAAUGAAAGUAUAUUUAUGCAUAGUUUCAAGUUGUAUAUUAAGCGAUGCCUACUUCUAUUUUUAAAGGUCUUUUCCUUUUAACACAUGGUAAAAUUCAUCUCAGAUGCUCAUAGUUUGUGUUCAUACUCAAAACGUUGUUAUUUUGAAGAACUGUUCAAUGAUGACAUUAUAGAGAGAUGACUCUUCCUGACGAAGCAGGGUUUUGUACUUUAGUCGUGUGUUCGUGCCAUGUUCACAAUCAGUAAGAAAUUAGAGUAUUCACUGAAAAACAAAGCCGUGUGAUAUCGGGCUAAACUAAAUUUAUAUAAACAGGAUAGAUUAUUACAUCAAUUUCCUGAAUGUUACGGAGUAAAGUGAUUUCCCCCAAAAGGUAAUUAAAGUUCAUAUUUUACUAUACCUGCUGGUCAAAAAUGAGAUCCGGUAUUAAUACAACCAAACGUGCGUUAGCCUACGACAACCUCAUGUACGACUGCAUGUCUCAACUAAUGCCUUCUUUUUUUACCAGUUUGGCAUUUUUAAAGAUCUGCUAUAGCCAAAUUAGGUUUUGAUGAAUUACUCCUUAUUUUUCAGUAUUUUCGAAGAUUAUGUAUUUUUAUCCGAGACUGCAUUUUAGCCUAAAUGUAUACAGAAGUGCAUGUACGUGUGUAGUUUCUUUUGUUUAUAUUUGUGACAAAUGAAGGUAUUAUUUUAUCUACAUUUUGAAGACGGCUUCCAAAUAUUUGAUAACAAUUCUUUGACUCCAUAAUCAGAUGGACGAUAGUCAGAUAUAAACUGAUUUUGUCGUUGAGACUGAACACCGUAAGUAUUUAUUAUCAACCAACAUAUUAGUAUUUUGGAGCGUUUUUUUUUUUCACUUCUGAAACCAUAUCACUUAAGCUAAUCGGUAUUGCAUAUUAAAACAACUAUAGUGCCAGUUCUCACCCAAGUAUUAUCUUUGUUCUAUGUAAGAAUCACGGAUGAAUGAAUAGAGCCUAUGUAGUAGAAAUCUACCAUGGAUUUGUUUGAUUAGGGUAGUGUAGUGCUCGAAAUCAUUGCCUCAUUUGCAUUAUCAGCAUACGUAUUUUUUUUCGGACACUCCAGACUCAGAUUCGUAUGUCCUCAGGCCAAAAUCAUUGCUUCAUUUGCAUUAUCAGCAUACGCAUUUUUUUCGGACACUCCACACUCAAUUUUUUAUGUCCUUGGACAUAAUCAUUGCUUCAUUUGCAUUUUUAUGUCCUCAGGCCAUCAACAUUGCUUCAUUUGCAUUUUCAGCAUGCGCAUUUUUUUCAGGCACUCCACACUCAGAUUCUUAUGUCCUCAGGCCAAAACAUUGCUUCAUUUGCAUUAUCAGCAUGCGCAUUUUUUUCGGACACUCCACACUCAAUUUCUUACGUCUCAGCAAAGCUCUCAGCAGAUGAGAUGUCGAUGGUGCAGUCUAUGAACGAUAGUGGUGAAAAUCCAAGGACAAACAAACAGUUCUCACGUACAGACUUUUCUCCCUUUAUACUAUGUACCUUGAUUUGUUACUUUAUAUGUUGUCAGCCGUCAAAGGAUUAUGUUCACACUGUACGCACACUUCUAUAAACGGCUUAAAUAUUUGACAGAUUCUCUUGUAUUCGGGAAUAUCAACAAAUGGGAUUUGGAACAGCUGAUCGUGUCAAAUUACCCCGUUUACAAGACAUAUACAUAUACCUGGGUUUAUCCAGCUUACAUACUCAGACAAUAUAAACUUUUCAAAAUAUCCAUCUUAAAGGUCUGAAUGUUUUCACUUCAUUAAAUGUAGAAAACAAAGAUAUUCGUCUUAAAUAACAAAUUUUACCAGUUAAUAACAAGAUAACAAAGU